UGAAAUAGUCUGCCAUAUUCGGGUGUCGUAUCACCUGCGACGCACUCUUGGUAGAGGCGCUCGGUCUAGAGUACAUCUAUCCAAGGUACGGGAAGGCGUCAACCAAUCACGGAUCUAUCCCGAUAUGAGAUGCAACAUGGCGAAAUCUGGGGUAAUCACGGGGUUUGUAUGGCUAAAGAGGCAUCACGAAGAACUUUAUGAAACCCAAUGUCCUGGUUGAAUGUCACGGAAAGAUGCUUAUAUCCUGCUCGAUGCGCUGCACUCCACCUUUGGUACGGUCGUUGCGACUCCAUCUAAGCAGGUAUGCGGUUCUCCGUCAUCGUUAUACUGCCCCUUCUUAUCACCGCUGUCCAAGCACACGGUCGCAUAACACAAGUAACAACCCCAAAUGGCACCAUAUACGAAGGCUGGGAUCCCGCCUCGUCAACCAAUUCAACACCACCCCACCCACUCGCCGCAUGGUCCGCAUCAAACCUCGGCAACAUAUACAUCCCGCCCUCGCAGUUCAACACUUCAAACAUCGCCUGUCACUACAACGCGCUAGCAGGCGCUCUUCACAUCAACACCACUGCCGGUGACGAGCUAAAGCUUCACUGGAACGAAUGGCCAGUAUCGCACGUCGGCCCCGUUAUCACAUAUUUAGCAGAGUGCGAGGGCAGCUGUGCCAACACAAAGAGACAGGAUUUGCAGUGGGUCAAGAUCGACGAACUGGGAUGGCUGAAUAGUACGGGUUGGGAUACAUUGGAUCUCGGUGGGACAUGGGCCGCGGAUGUGCUCAUCGCGAACGAAUAUUCUUGGAUGUUUAAGAUACCGGAAAGACUCAUAGAAGGAUACUAUGUGCUGCGACAUGAGAUUAUCGCGCUGCAUGUCGCGGAGAACCUGGAUGGCGCUCAGGCAUAUCCACAGUGUGUGAAUCUACGCGUUGCGAGAGGGACGGAUGAGGAGGGGAAGAAGCUGGCUGGUGGUAUUUUGGGCAAAGACUUGUACGGUAUGACAGAUGAAGGUAUACAUGUGAACGUGCAUCGGAAGAUCGAUGGUUAUAAGAUCCCAGGGCCGAAGCUAUGGGAACAUGCAACGCCUAUGCGGCAGCCUAAUCAAUGAUACCGCAUUUAGUUCAUACUGAGAGCUCACCCAAACGAGUGUUUGGUUCAUCCGAAAGAU